AUGAGGCUGAUUAUCCGCGACGAUGCCGAGGCAGCCAGCGCCUACGUAGCCAACUACGUCGUUGACCGCAUCAAGCACUUCAACCCUACCCCGGCGCAUCCCUUCGUGCUUGGCUUGCCUACGGGAAGCAGUCCUCUCGGUGUAUACAAGAUCCUUGUUCAGAAGUACAAGGCUGGAGAGAUCUCUUUUGAAAAUGUCAUCACCUUCAACAUGGACGAAUACGUCGGCAUCCCCCGCGACCACCCAGAAUCAUACCACUCCUUCAUGUGGAAGCACCUCUUCUCCCACGUAAACAUCCACCCCCAAAACGUAAACAUCCUCAACGGCCAAAACCCAAACCUCGAAGCCGAGUGCGUCGCCUACGAGUCCAAGAUCAAGGCCGUCGGCGGCAUCGACCUCUUCCUCGCGGGCAUCGGCGAGGACGGCCACAUCGCCUUCAACGAGCCCGGGUCGUCUCUCGCCUCCCGCACCCGCGUCAAGACGCUCGCCUACGACACCAUCCUCGCCAACUCGCGCUUCUUCGGCAACGACGUCGACCAGGUGCCCCGUCUGGCCCUCACCGUCGGCGUCCAGACUGUGCUCGAGGCGCGCGAGGUCGUGGCGAUUAUUCUGGGAGCGAAGAAGGCGCUUGCGCUGCAGAGGUGUAUCGAGCAGGGCGUGAACCACAUGUGGACGCUAUCGAGUCUGCAACUGCACCCUCACCCCAUGAUUGUCGUCGACGAGGAUGCGACGCUUGAGCUGCAAGUCAAGACGGUCAAGUACUUCAAAUCCAUCGAAAAAGUAGCCCGCGAACAAGGCUUCGAACAAAUCCUCCCCUCCAAAAUCCGCACCGGCCCUUCCCCGCCCCCGAUCCCGAUAACCCGCAUCGACGAGGUCGACACCCCCACCAUCCUCCACCCGCAGCCCACGACCUCGCGCCUGCUCCGCGCCUCCCCGGCGACGGAGUACCCCGUCCGCUCGCGCUCCACCUCCCCAGACAUCGAGCUCGUCUUCGAGAGCAUGGGCUCCCGCACAAAGUCCCCCUCGGAGCAGCAGCUCCGCGCCGUGACACCCGAUCUCGUUACCGACAGGAUGGCGGAGCGGAUCCCGGGGGUUCCUGCUGCGGUUACGGGACGGUUGACGCCGAAUCCGGAGAAGCAGCAGCAGAAGACGUCGACGUCCAUUAGUAGGUCUGCCACGCCGGAGUUGGUUCCGGAUCGUAUGGCGUCGAGGAUCCCUGAGCCUGCGCUGGCGAGGCGUUUGACGCCGAAUCCGGAGCAGCAGAUGAUGUCGCGGGUCAAUGCCGUCGGUGCUUGA